CUUCAGCAUCUCAAAUGCUCAAAACACGGUUUGAGCUCUGAGGAAGUACAGCAAAGGCUGGACAUGUUUGGAUAUAAUAAGCUAGAAGAAAAGAAGGAAAGUAAAAUACUGAAAUUUUUGGGGUUCAUGUGGAAUCCAUUGUCUUGGGUGAUGGAAGCUGCUGCUCUUAUGUCCAUUGCUAUGGCACACGGAGGGGGCGAGCGUGGAGAUUAUCACGAUUUUGCUGGCAUAGUCAUGUUGCUUCUCAUCAAUUCUACCAUAAGCUUCAUGGAAGAAAACAAUGCUGGAAAUGCAGCUGCUGCACUUAUGGCUCGUCUGGCCCCUAAAGCUAAGGUACUGCGUGAUGGAAAAUGGAGUGAAGAAGAUGCCUCAGUGUUGGUUCCUGGCGACAUAAUCAGCAUCAAGCUUGGUGACAUUAUUCCUGCAGAUGCUCGUCUCCUUGAAGGAGAUCCUUUAAAGAUUGACCAAUCUGCUCUGACUGGAGAGUCACUUCCAGUGACCAAAAAUCCUGGAGAUGGAGUAUAUUCUGGCUCAACUUGCAAGCAAGGAGAAAUAGAAGCUGUGGUUAUUGCCACUGGAGUCCACACUUUCUUUGGCAAGGCAGCUCAUCUUGUGGAAAAUACCACACAUAUAGGACACUUCCAGAAGGUUCUGACAUCCAUUGGGAACUUCUGCAUUUGUUCGAUUGCCGUUGGGAUGCUCAUCGAAAUGAUCGUGAUAUGGGGAAUUCAUAAGAGAAAAUACCGAAUUGGAGUUGACAACCUCCUCGUGCUACUCAUCGGUGGGAUCCCAAUUGCAAUGCCAACUGUUCUUUCUGUCACAAUGGCUAUUGGUUCACACAAAUUGUCUCAGCAGGGUGCCAUAACCAAGAGAAUGACUGCCAUUGAAGAAAUGGCUGGAAUGGACGUGCUGUGCAGUGACAAAACAGGCACACUAACUCUUAACAAGCUUUCUGUGGACAAGAGUUUGAUUGAGGUUUUUCCCAAAGGCGUUGACAAGGACAUGGUUGUACUUAUGGCUGCAAGAGCAUCAAGGACAGAGAAUCAAGAUGCAAUUGAUGGUGCAAUUGUUGCAAUGUUAUCAGAUCCAAAAGAGGCAAGAGCCGGUAUAACAGAAGUUCAUUUCCUUCCAUUCAAUCCAACUGAUAAGAGAACUGCACUUACAUAUAUCGAUGCUGAUGGUAAGAUGAAGAGAGUUAGCAAAGGUGCACCAGAACAGAUUCUCAACCUUUCACAUAACAAAGCCGAAAUUGCACAGAAGGUUCAUGCAACUAUUGACAAGUUUGCAGAACGUGGACUACGGUCUCUUGCAGUAGCCCGGCAGGAAGUACCUAAAGGAACUAAAGAAAGUGCAGGAGGCCCCUGGGAAUUUGUUGGCCUUCUUCCACUUUUUGAUCCUCCUCGCCAUGAUAGUGCGGAAACAAUCAGAAGAGCUCUGGAUCUUGGCGUGAGUGUUAAAAUGAUAACAGGAGAUCAACUUGCAAUUGCUAAGGAAACAGGAAGGCGUCUAGGAAUGGGCACUAACAUGUAUCCUUCUUCAUCUCUUCUUGGUGAACACAAAGGUGAAACACUCGAGUCUCUACCAGUUGAUGAGCUCAUUGAGAACGCUGAUGGAUUUGCUGGUGUCUUUCCUGAGCACAAGUAUGCGAUUGUGAAGAGGUUGCAAGCUAGAAAGCACAUUUGUGGGAUGACUGGUGAUGGUGUAAAUGACGCUCCUGCCUUGAAGAUAGCAGACAUAGGUAUAGCUGUAGCAGAUGCCACUGAUGCUGCUCGAAGUGCAUCUGACAUAGUUCUAACAGAACCCGGAUUGAGUGUGAUCAUAAGUGCUGUCUUAACUAGCCGUGCUAUCUUCCAAAGGAUGAAAAACUACACGAUAUAUGCUGUAUCUAUCACUAUACGUAUCGUGCUGGGCUUUAUGUUACUGACAUGCUUUUGGAAAUUUGACUUCCCUCCCUUCAUGGUUCUUAUAAUUGCCAUUCUCAAUGAUGGUACCAUCAUGACAAUAUCUAAAGACAGAGUUAAGCCUUCUCCAGCACCUGAUAGUUGGAAGCUCAGUGAAAUUUUUGCAACUGGGAUUGUCCUUGGAGGAUAUCUGGCUCUAAUGACUGUAAUAUUCUUCUGGGCAGCUUAUGAAACUGACUUUUUCCAUAACCAUUUUCAUGUGGAAAACUUCAAUUCAAACCUUCGUGACAUGAAAGAUGACGCUGUCGCCAAGGUACUGAAUGAGAAGAUGGGAUCUGCAGUGUAUCUUCAAGUCAGUGUCAUCAGUCAAGCAUUGAUCUUUGUGACUCGCGCUCAUGGAUGGUCUUACACCGAACGACCUGGUCUUUUGCUUGUUUUCGCUUUCGUUGUUGCUCAGCUGGUUGCAACAGUUUUAGCCGCCACUCUGACUUGGAACGUUGGUGGAAUCAGAAGCAUAGGUUGGAGGUGGACUGGAGUCAUCUGGUUAUACAACAUUGUAACCUAUGUAUUGUUGGAUCCUAUAAAAUUUGCUGUCCGUUAUGCAUUAAGUGGAAGGGCUUGGAAUUUGGUCGUAAAUCAAAGAGUAAGUAUGAUCAAAUUUUCACCAAGACAAACUAUAUCCAUGCUUGUGUGGAAUGCUAAAUUUUAUAUGGACUUUCGCUUGGGCUUAUACAUAUUUAUCAGAAUAACUUAAGCUACUCAAUUAGGAUUGACACAAACUUUAUUGGCACUUUGU